AGUCGGACGCGGGGCGCCGCGCAGGCCGCACGCGAUAUGCGCGCCCUCUAGCGUAUUAUGUUCCUCCCCGACCUCCCGCGAGCCUGCAUGGUGGACGACGUAGCGACGUACCUGCAAGCGCCCUCCUCGGGACAGGUGGCUACAAUUUCUAACAACAAACCCAUAUGACGAGUUCCAUCCGUUCAUAGAGGCCCUGAUGCCAUUCGUAAAGUCAUUCUCGUAUACUUGGUUCAAUUUACAAGCGGCCAAACGGAAAUAUUACAAAAAACACGAGAAGCGGAUGAGUCUCGAGGAGGAACGGCAUACUAAAUAUGAGUUACAGAACGAGAAAGCAGAAGUGAAACAAAAAUGGGCUUCCCGUCUGCUAGGCAAGUUGCGCAAGGACAUAACCCAAGACUGCCGGGAGGACUUCGUGCUCAGCAUCACGGGCAAACGGCCGGCUGUGUGCGUGCUCUCCAACCCCGACCAGAAGGGCAAGAUGCGGCGGAUAGAUUGCUUGAGACAGGCUGAUAAGGUGUGGCGACUAGACCUGGUAAUGGUGAUACUAUUCAAAGCAAUCCCGCUGGAAAGUACGGACGGGGAGCGGCUAGAGAAGCAUCCGGAAUGCACGCAGCCAGGCCUCUGCGUCAACCCUUACCACAUCAACGUUUCAGUUAGAGAAUUGGACUUGUAUCUGGCAAACUUCAUAAACAGCUAUGGUAAUGGGAGCGACGGUCUGCCAGAUAUACUAAGCGGCUCGAUCUCGCCGCACCCGCCUAGAGAGAGAGAGAAUGAACACGAUGCUAAGAGCAAAGGCUACAGUCAUAAUCCGUAUAACGGUGUAAUUUGCAACGAUAUCAUUUUAGCGACCGGUGUCUUCUCGUCAAAGGAACUAUGGAAGCUAUCUAAAGCAUCAAUACUCCAAGAGACGGGAUCUGAAUCGCCGAGCGGCUCUGGAGGCGGCAUUAAGGUGGAGACCGGAUAUUAUGGGUACAACAGUCCAGCCCCGCCUGCCUUCGAACCGCCAGCGGAGAGAGCCACGCCAUCCGCCAUGCUGGUUGGGCAGUGUUUCAGCAUCCCGCACACGUCGGCCGGUCUGAGCGCGGCGCAGUCGCCGCUGGUGCCUUCCAACACGAUAUUCUACCAACACGCACCACCGCCCACGGACACGCAUCCUACAACGUCAGAAGCCCUCACCCAGCACUCUGGGAAGUAUGAAGGACCGCCGCAGGACUCGCUGGGUGACUUCGUGACAUUUGUGUGCCAGGAGCCGACCGAUGUCCAGCAGUUACAGGUGAGUGAACUAGAGGUGCAUAGUUUGUCUCGGAGCCCGAAGCCGGCGUAUUUCAGCAGUUCGAUGUUGCCGCCGCCGCCCCUGCCGCCGAUGGCACGUCCUGUAGCCAUCAUAAGGUCUACAGCGAGUGAGUUGGUGGGGUCCGGUUCGCCGUCGUCGCCGGCGCCGCGCUCGCCGCCCGCGUCGCCGCGCCGCCGCUCGCCGCAUUCCUACCGGACCGACUGCCAUCCGCCCAUCUCGCACUUCAACCAUUUCCAUGCGCAGCCGCAGCAGGUGUACAGCUACGGUUCGCUAGGUGGCGUGGGUCUGAGCGGCAGCGUGUCCGGGGUGGGCGCAGGCGGCGGCGCGGUGAUGGCGGGCGGAGGGGGAGUGUCGCCUCCCGGCGGGCUCGGGCUGUACGCGCCGAGAGCGUCUACUAGAGCGCCACCUAGAUGGAACGCGCCCUUCCCAACAUUAGAAGAGGAGUUCAACAUAAUGACGGCGCCGCCGGGGCCGGACCACGUCGUGCUGCUGGACGAUGAACGGUUUUUCCAAUCAAAUGUGAUCACGUCUGAGGCGACGGCGAUGGAUACGACGGGCUCCGGCGUCGGCCAGGCAGUGGGGGUCGAAGGCGAGGACAUCUCCCCCGACAAACCGGCGCCGGAUCUGCGCUCGCCGUGAUCCUCGCCGCUUGCCCCGUCUGACGCGCCGGGCGGGCCGAGCGUACACGACGGCCCGUCAUGCGUGCCGGACGGCCGGCAGGAAGGGCCGGGCCUGCAGGACGGUCAGGGCCUGCAGGACGUGCCGCGCUGGACGCCCGCGCCGCUGCCUCACUGGCGGCCGGUCUCCCAUCGGACGGUCUGAUCCGAUCUCGCCUCGGGGACUAGUGUAAAUACAAGUUGUAGUUGAAAUUUAGAUUUUACAAUUUUUAAUCUGUAUCGAUCGUCCGUGGCUUCGGGAUGGUUGUUAGGGAAGUGUUAUUGGCUUUUUAUAUUAGUACUUGCAUAUAAAACUCUUUUUUACGUUUGUAUAGAAAUUAAGUUGAUAAGUUUAGAAAAGGAAAUUUGCUUUUUAAAAAAUGGGUGGUAAUGUAUUGAAAAUAUGGCCUUGAAUUAUAUGCAUUACUAAAUUUGAAUAGAUAACCGAUUGUAAACAGCGCCAUCGCUAUUUGAAGAAGUGUAAGCAGACGCGGACGAUCUGUAUGGUCUUCAUUGUAUUGUUAAGGCGAUAACAAAAUAUAAUACUCCAACGAUAAUUAUGUAAAAAAAAAUAAAGCUACGAAAAAUAAAAAACAACAAUAUAUUCUAAUAUUUUUAUAGAAUAUAAAACGAGUAUGAUAUGAUCAAGCCUUCCAAUAAUUUAGUAAAAUAAAAAUGUUAUUAAAAUGCAGCUUAUAAAAUUCAUUUGCCAAGCUGUGAGACAGUUAGAAAUGCGUAUUAUGAAAAUAAUGCUUCCAAUACUAGCGUCAGAAAAAAAUUUAUUGACGAAAGUGUGAUAUUAUAAGUUGUUUUUUGUUUCGUUGUUGUGUGUUUUGUAUUGAACAAAAAAAAUUAAUAGACAUAAGAGUCGGUUAGUUAAAAAAUAUUUUUUUUGUCUAAUUUAUUGAACGAAUAUUUAAGAAAGACGAGCCUUGCUUAAGAGACUAGUUUAGUUUAUAUUAGUAGCUAACAAUAGUCUGGUUAUUGUACCGCGAUUCGGUAUUUCAGAUACCAUUAUACACGUGAGGUGUAAGCCUCGAUCUCAAGUCGUGGAGUUAAUGAGAUCCCGCGUCGGAUACAAUAGCGAUUCGUUAGUUCGACUCCGGUCGAGGGACAUUUUAUAGGUGCCUUUGAAAAAAAAGUAAAAUUACAUUUAUAGGAUUUGUAAAUUGUAGUGUUCUUUUAAUUAAUCCAUCCGCUCAUAAACGAGGACAAUUCAUUAAUGUAAGUACAUGUGUUUUGUAACUGACGAAUCUCCUAUAUUUGGGAUUUUUUUACAUCGCAAAUUGGUAUUGUAUAUUUAAAAUUGACAUCUGUUCGGUUUUGUAGGUUUUUAUCAAUUACAAAAUACAUUUUCACUAUUAUUCUAAUUAGUGGCAGAGUGAAUAAAAAUGACGUUUCUGUAGAAGGGGUUAUAUGAUACCAGAAACUCUUUGUUUUAUUGGACAGCGAUACGCUGAAGAAUUAAACUCAUAUCUCUGAGAAAACAGUUACUCUGAUCGAUAUUGUGCGUACCAUAUUAUAGUUACCAACAGAAGCAGAAUAAUUGGACUUCAACAACUCUUUCUUUAGAAGCGUUACCUUUAUAUCUCUGAACGUAGUUUCCAUACACAAACACGAUUAUUUUCGCAAUCACCGUGGCCAUACGAGAAAAGCUAGUCAUUAGAGUAACAUUGUAAAUUAUAUUAAUAAAAAAAAUAUUUACUAUUAUAACUGCCCCUUGAAGUUAGUAGGGGGUUGAAACUAAAAUUGUGGCCAAAUUACAAAUAAUAAAAUCCAAAUAUAUAUACACAAUUAGAUUUAGAGUUACAUAAGGUCUUGGUGGUUAGGUUAGCCGACACGAGCAAAUGUGACUAUAGAGCUAGCAGUGACGCAUCUGUCUGAGCGUGCAAUCUUCCAAAUUUAAACCUAAGAUCGUCAUCUAACGGUUGAUAAUUCUGACAGCUAUCUUUAGAUCGAUCUCAAAAAUCAAUCCAAUUGAUAUUACUUGAGCGUUGCGAUCAUAUUUUACUCUGAUUGGUUAAUUAUUGCGAUCGAUUCGAAUAUACUAAACGCCAUAGUUCAUUAAUUAUUUAGAUUGCUAAUCUGCACAUCAAUUUUGAUAUUUUUGCUUUUAUUUCAUCAAUUGUCUAAAGCUUGGAAGAUUGUAUGUUUAUAUUGAUAAACUACAAUACCGUAAUACUGAAAAUUAAAACACAUUCAAGGGAGGAGUUAUUGGUUCUGUCACAACGCCUUUUUAAUUUUGUCGAAUAAUCAUGCUUCAAACGCGCCUGUUACUGUUUAUUCGUCCCUUUCAGUUAUAAAGAAUUUUCUAUAAAUCGUAGACUAGUUUGUUAGGAAACAUAGCAAUAAUUGCGAGCAAUAAAUACUAUAAAAAUAUAUUAUAACGACAAAGUUAGCUUUAGGGAAGCUAGAUAUCUGUACUGAUCGUAGUAUCACCUAUACAUGCAGUAUAUUUUUUCUAUAGAAACAAAAUGGCUCGACAGACUGGGUUCUAUGUAUAAAUUCGAUUUAAUAAAUAUUUAGUCAAAGCAGUUUGGUACAAUUUAGCAAUCUCACAAAACAAAACUAUAUUAGACUUUAUAAACAGCUGUAAUAGAUUACCUAGGCAGAAAUGCGGGAAUUAGUCAAUUGCUAGCUAUAGACAUUAGGAGAUUAUAAUGAAAUACAGUUUAGAAAUAAUAAUAGUGAAGUCAUGUAAGGCUUGGUUAAAUUCAAAAGGAACGUAACAGUUUUGUGACUCUGAAAGGGAAUACCUAGGGCGAUGUGGCAAUGAAGUGACGAAUUCUUAGCUCAUUGGUGCCGAAAAUAUAGACUGUGAUUCAAUUGUUCAUUCGGAACGUGUCUUAUAUUAAAAUAGUUGUUUUGUAUGAUUGGCAAUACGCACUGUGACGUGCUUAACGAUUCAAACUGUGCGAGUCGACGUGUUGUAUGCAAUGCAUUUGUUGUUAAUGAUAAUGUUACCGAAGGUCAAUUGGAAGCCGUGAGAAGUUAUGAUUUGACAGUAGUCAUUAGCUUAUUUAAUUUCACAUGUGACGACACAAAAUUUUUAUACAUUAUUUAUAGUUCUGCGAAGGAAUUUGAAGUUACCGUAUAAAUUCGAUUAGCUUUGAUAGGAAUUUAUGUAUCACAUAGUUUCGUUGUUUAGCACCAUUGUGACGAUAUGGAGUUAAUGAAAGCCUAAACAAUAUGUGCCUUAGAUACAACAAUAUUGUAUGAUAUAUAUGAUGCGUUCUUUACAACGUGCUAACUAGAAGUAAAUGAUAAACAUUAUUUUGAAUGGCUGGACUUUGAAUGAUCUAUGUACGUUAGUUAUAAUUUCUGCAGCGGCUUGGAUCUCCUAAGAUUUCUUACCCGACACUGUUCGUUCUAAAUUGUGCGAUGUACUAUUAGGCCCAAUGUAUUAACACGAGUGUUCCUUCAUAGCACUAUCUCUCUUCAUUGUUUUGUCAAAAUUAACCUGGACGGCAGUCUGGGUGUUGUUUUUAAAUCCAAUACCUUGUAACCCUCAUGUAAUUAAUUACUGUUAAGUAACGCUUGACGCGUAGUUAUUGCUGGGAUAUAAGUACUUAAUAUAUAAUUUUAGUGAUUACCUACAUUGUACCCAUUUAAGUAUGUGCAUACUUUACUGGAACGUAUCUUAAUCAACGCAACUUUAGGCACGCUUUAUGUUCAAAUCUUUAUAGUAAUUUGAUUCUCGCAUGGCUUUUUGAUGAUAUCACUUCUAUUUCUACUUCACUAUACGCAGAGAAUAUAAUUUCAUUUGUUUUCAGUGUAAUGUAACGUAAUCAAUCCGUCUCGUUAUUAAGUUUUCAUUUUGUGAAUUUUCAGAUUGUAAUAACAUACGUAAAUAGUUAAAUGUAAGUAUAAAUAACCAAUAGUUUAAACCCUAGUUAUGAAUUGUCUUAGUUCGUCAUGUGCAAUUACGAUUGAUUUUUUAGCGAAUUUAUUAAUUAUUAUUUUAGAUUAUAAUUUUUGUCCACGACCACAUUUUAUGUAAAUAUGUUCCGCUAUUUAUAAUUGUAUUAUUAACAGUAGACGUUGAGAGUUUACGUGUUGUUUUAUCGAGUCUUUACCGCUUUCAUAUUUUCUUAUGAUAGAUUUUUACAAUUUUUCUGAAACAGUUAUUUUUUAAUAGUUAACCGUGAUGCGAAUGGCCUGUUCAUACAGACACCAACGUACUUCCAAUACGGAAUGGGUCGUUCCCUCACGCACAAUAAACUAAAGAUAGACUUGUAAAAAUGUUAUAACAUGUAUUUUUAACCUAUACAUAGUAAGUAUAUUUAUAGAAUUUUAGUCGUUUAAUUAUUUCGAACGACUUGUUAUAAAAGAAAAUUGGUGCUUAAGCUUAACAAAAUAUGUAACGACGUGGGUCGUGUGUGUAUUGUCAUGGAAGUCGAGCAUUAUGACAUAGCAUGCGUUGUUAUGCGAGCAUCACAUACUGGAUUGUCUAUUUGAACUAAUUAUGUCUGACAGCGCCGAUUGUCGAUGGAAACGUGCUUAUUCUAACCUAAAAAUAGUUUUAAAGAUACAUAGAGGAAAAUCAACUCUAAUCAUUACAUAAUAAGUAUUAUUUGAUAUAUUAGCUAAAUCAAAUAAAUUGAAAGUAGUGUUCGAAAUACAAAAUAUUUUAUUUUUAAAAUAACCGCCAUAGUUGUAGGAAAUUAAAACUUCCCGGACACAAAUAACAGAUGGCGCUAUAACGAUUUUCUUGAAAGUGUUCAACCAACAAAUAAGCAAUUCAUUGUGUGCAUGCUAGCAGUUGUAAUAAUGUAGGUAAACUUUGCUCAAUAUCGAUGAAAACUGAAAGUGUUACAGUUGAUGCAAUACAAACAAACAAACACA